UCUGCCUCCCCGAUCCGACCGCCUCUUCCGCAAACCGAUUCCUCUGUCGAUCAAGGCCGAACUCUCCGCUGCCUUCCAGCGCCCGAACACCCGCUGCCCCCCGCCGCCGCCCUCAGGCGCCAGCCGCCCCGUCGCUGCUCUCCCGCGCCGCCGCAGGUCGCCACUGCGUACCGUCUCCCUCUCGCCGUAGCCUCCACUGCCACCGCCGCCCCAAGCUGACGCCGCAGCACCAGCUUCAGUUCAAUGUCAAGUAGAUGAAGAACACCAUGAGGCUGAGCACAGAGUCCCUGAUGGAGAUCUGUCGACAAUGUUUUCCACCAAGAAUAGGUGAGAUGGAGGGACUUGAUGUCGAGCAUCCGGAGGGUGAGCCGUCGAGGGGGUCUUCCAAGGGGUCCGCGGAGCAGCAUGCGGCGAACCGACCGUCACGGAAGAAGAAGGUCUCUUUCCGUCCUCGUGGUGGUCCUCCCCUAGUUCCGACGGCGCCGGUGGAUGGCGGAGGUUGGGCACAUGACCACCUCCUUCCUUCUUCGAUGAGCCCCGAGGAUCUCGCCCAGCUGGAGAAGGCGGGAUACUUCCCCAAGGGGGACGGUAUCUUGCCCGAUAGCGAGGAGGUUAGGCUCGACCAGUGGCGGCGUCCGGGAUGCAUCGUGGCAUUCUCGGCUUGGUUUCACGCCGGCUUGUGUGUGCCCGUUCACCCCUUCUUGUUGGAGUUUCUAGAGACGUACGGCAUCGAGUUGGCCCAGCUUCACCCGUUGACAAUCGUGAGGUUGAACGUUUUCAGGUGGCUGUGUGAGACGGUGCUUCACGAGGAGCCUUCGAUGAAGCUUCUGCUGUUCUACUUCACCAUGGAGGUGAGGGAGUUGCUCACUCCGGAUGGCUUUGCUCUGAGCACCUUUGGUUCAGUGAACCUGAGGCUUCGUUCUGGCUUUGGGGAUGACUUCCUGCUCAAGCCGAGGAAGAGCGCCGAGAAGUUGUUCGUCAAGUGGGAGUCCUGGUGGUUUCUCCUUUGGGCCUCGAAGACCCGUCUUCAGCACACGGGUGAUCUCCCUCGGCACUCUGGGGCAGGAGGCCUCAGGGAGGUGCCUCACCCCGGCGAGCCUCGGUCAGCCGACCUCAGGAAGGUGGCCAAGAUCAAGGAGGUGUCCGCCGAGAGGAGCUUUCGUGACCUCAUGGAGGAGAUGGUGAUGGCGGGGCGCUUUAUGAUGAGGAGUCAUCCGAGGUCCGAGAUUGGUAUCCCUCGAUCUUUCCGUCCUCCACAGCUUGUCACCGCACCGACGUUUUUCGAGGAGAGGGCGGCGUUGUGGGCUGCGCAGCUAAUAGGUCCGUAUGGCGGACCGGAGCACCGGGACUACGAGACCAAGAUCAGCGAGGGGGGAUGCCACAACAUUAUCGCGAAGUGUUUUGGGAAGAUUGUGCCGAUGCGAUAGGACCCGAAGCUUGGUCACCUUCUCCGAGUGGGCGAUCGCUACUCCCGCUUGGCUACACCGUCGACGUUGGCGGUGGGGUCCAAGUUGCGGGACUCUUGCGGCAAGGAGAAGGUGGGAACGACAGUGUUGGGCCUGGCGGUGCCUGUCAUGUCGGUCCCCAAGAUUCCUUGUUGGUCGAGCGGAUGCAAGAGGAAAGCUCCUCCGACUCCUUCUCCUUCUUUUGACUAUGCCCCGUCGGAUUCGGCGGAUCCCGUCAUGGGUGAGUCGAGGUCCCCCGUGAGAGUGACCUUGGACCUGCACAUGAAGGGGAAGAUUGAACUUGAGCAAGUUCUUCCUCCUUCAAGCCACGAGGUUGAGCCUUUCACUCGCGAGACGGGGCUUCGGCUUCGGAGCGACUUAGUGGUGGAUUUGUCGACCGGAGCCAGUGGUGCGAGCGUCCAGGUGUUCUCCAUUGGUCACGAGCGUCCCGAGGAGGAUGCUCCUACCUCGGGUGCGAGGUUCGCGGAGCCUGGGGUUCUUGAGGGCGAGCCCCCGACUCAAGCAAGAGACGGAGCACUUCCGACGACCGAGGAUGGAGCGAGAGACCCUUUCGUGACACUGGAGCUGGCGAGCAUCCGUGACAUAUCUCUCUUGGUCCUUCGGGUUUGCUUUGUGCUAACUCCAUCUUCUUUGUAGGUGAGGGGUUUGGUCGAGGCCGUGGGUGCCCUUCCUGCCCUCAAGACUAAGGGGGGAGCACUUUCCGCUGCUUUGUACGUGGAUAUGUCCAAGUCUACCCUUGUCUUGAGUGAGUUGGUUUCUGAGAGGGUGCGGCGCGAGGCCAUGGAGGCUGAGCUUUCCCGUGUUUCGGCGGAGCUUGUGGCCGUGGAGACCAGGGCUCGACUUGCCGAGGAGUGCCAGAAGGACGAGAUCGCCAGGACCCGUCGAGUUGAGGAGGAUUUUUGGUGGCCAACCUUGAUAGGGAGCACGCCUGUGCGGAGGCUGCUUCCCUCAAGGUGGAGUUGGCGGCAGCGGGUGACGGCCCGAUGCUUGCUCCUCACGCUUGCCCUCCUCUGGAUCGUCGUCCCGAGGUGGUCUCGCUUUUACUUGCUCAGGCCACCGAGAUUCAGGAGACGAUGAUUUGCUUGAGGAGUGUUUCUCAGCCGGAUCUUCCUCCGUGUCGUACGGUGGAUGAGGCGAGCAAGGUGCUUA